AUGUCAAAACAUCAAUAUGAUUUAAUACAAUGUAUGAAACAACCAGGUAGAACUAAUGGUUUAGUAUGUUUAAACUGUGAUGGUAGAUGUCCUAUAUGUGAUUCUAUGGUUAAACCAACUGAAGAAGCUAAAAUUUGUCAUUCUUGUUCUCAAGGUUCAUUAUUUAAUAAAUGUAUAUUAUGUGGUAAUUAUUUAGGAGCUAAUAAUGAAAAUAGUAUACCAGCAAAUUAUUGUUUUGAAUGUGUAUUAUUCGAAAAACAUAGAGAAGGAUGCCCCAGGGUGAUAAAUGUUGGAAGUAAUAAAGCUGAUUUAAUUUUUAAAAAUAAGAAAUAA